UUAGAUAUACUAUUAACAUUAGUGAAAAGUGCACGUUUUCUUAGUUCCGGAGAUAAUUUCAGAUGUGCUGUGAAAAUUCAAUUGAAGAGUGCACGUAAUAAUACAGAUGUAGUCAAUAAUUACAUAUCGCAAUUUAAUACAACGCCCAAAUGUACUCAUGAUGAUUGGACAUAGCGAACAUUGACCCAAGUAACAAAGUUUAAAUUGACAUAUCACAUCGUCCUUAUUAAAAAUCAUAUAAAAAUUUCGGUAUAUAAGCGCUUUCACAUAGAAAAAAUGUUUCUUAUUGGAAUGAAAAUCUAACACAUUGUCGUUGCUCUCGUCCCUUCGAUUUGGUGUGAACGUCUCAUCUACUCAGCUGGUUGCUGUCGUCGUCAGUAGUGGGCCAUUUAAUACGUACACGCAAAGAAAGGCGAAAACUUGUCUAAAUUCAUAGCUUUCUUUUGACUAGGCUUCCUGCUUUUCGCGUUAGUGAUUUUGCAUUUUUGCUUCUGCAUAUUCGCCAUUCGUCGCCACAGUGGGGUUAGUAAAUCAACAAUGGAGAUGUGCAAGUUAACAGCAAACGUGCGCUAGAUAGGAUAGUAAAGUACACGCGGAAAGCAGCUGUCAAAACGUGCAAUACGUCAUUUGACCAAUCGUUGCAACAGCUUCUCUGGAAAUAUAGAUAAGAGAUUUUCCGAAAUACGUCACAACUAUGCUGUCGUCACUUCAGUAAACUACUCUCAACCGGUUGUGUACACAUACCUUUACGACAAAUUGGCACACGCAAUGUUUCUGCUUCUCAUAAUGUCUUAACUGAUUGCGUGUUUUCAUUUCUAUGAAUUAAGCAAAGCUACAUGAAAAUGUCUGGCUAUGCGAAUACUAAUUACGGUCCUCCGCCCAUGGGGCAAACAAAUUUGGUGAAUGGCUUACCAGCCACACAACAGCAACAGCAAACAGCCCAAGGAGUUGCCGGCGCACCACCACCGCCAUUCUCCGCAAAUCCUCAACAACAAAUUCAGCAGCAGCAACAACAAAUACUACAACAGAAACAACCACAACAACAACAAAUAUUGUCGCAGCCGGUACCAACAUUGCAAAGUAAUAUGAGUAAAUUUUUGCCACCAACGUCAAAUUCUGCGUCGUCAGCAGCACUUAAUGGACCAACGAGACCACCAUCAACAACAGCGCAAGCACCAGCUAGUAAUUUGCCGCCACAUAUGCGACCGCCUGGCAUGAACGGCCCACCCGGAGCUAUGCCCUUGACCAAUGGUGGAGGUGGUAGCGGUGAUUUGAGCACGAACUCUUCGCGCACAGCAUCACCUUCAUUGGCGCAGCAAGCACAGUUUGGCGGCUAUAACACGAAACCGCCACUCAGUCAUGCGCCUAGUGGUAAUGUGACUGCAAGUAAUCCGCAAUACUCGUCAGCAAGCGCUGCAGCUUUGUCGGGCAGCAUGCAAAACUUAAGUAUUAAUCGCACCAAUGGCGCAGCGCCGGCGAACAUGCCACCUCCAACGAAUAUGCAGCAACAGCGGCAACCGUCGAUAACGCCAAACCAGACGCAGCAGCAGCAAACGCCGUUCCCAAGCAAUUACCAGGCCAAUUUCCGUACGAAUGCCAUGAAUGCACCCACACCUUUGUCAACGCAGCCGCCAGUUUCGCAAGCUAACGUUCCGCCACCGCACUCGACUGCCGCUUAUGCCGGCGGCAAACCCUUGCAGCCGCCAACACCAUACACGAAUACAUCGUUCAGCCAAACAGCACCAACGCAAACUUUGAACGCUACAGCGGGUGCACAGCCACCAACGUCGCAACCACCAGCCAGCAGUGCGGCUAUGUUCGGAACAUCGCGUUCGCAACCUAUUUUGGCAAAUGCGCCACCAAGUGCGCAUCCACAGCCGCCACAAGCAGCGACUCUUGCGAAUGCCAAUUACGCACCAAGCACAGCAGUUGGUGCCAUGCAGUCACCACUACCGCCCACAAGUGCUGCCGCAACAGCGCUGCAACAAAAUCAGUUGAAUAAUAAUACCCAACAACAAACGUCGACUUUACGAAAACCGAUGUAUCCUUCUGGACCGCCACCAACGCUAGCGACUACACCGCAACAGCAGCCACAACAGCCCUAUGCGCCAGUAUAUCAGCCACAGCCGGGUCUAUUCAAUGGACAGCCUAACACCGCACCAUUACAAUAUCAAUCACAGCCUUACAUGCAGCAACCGCCGCCAGUGCAGCAGCAGCAAUUCCCUCAGCCCCAACAACAGCACCAUCAGCAGCAACAACAACAACAAAACUUUCCUAUACCAAGCGGUGGCGCAUAUAAUCAGCAAAUGAGUGUCACACAGGCGGGUUUCAGUCGGCUAUGGGGUCAAGAUACAAUUGAUUUAAUGCAAAAUCGCCACAUUUUGUCGCCUGCCACUGUAACACCUCCCCGCAUUGUACUCAACAAUCAAUUCCACGAAUCGAUUAAUUGCAAUCCAAACAUAAUGCGUAGUACUAUUGCCAAAAUACCAGAAAGCAAUGCCUUGCUACAAAAGUCUCGUUUGCCAUUGGGCAUUUUGAUACAUCCAUUCCGUGAUAUUAAUAGUUUACCAGUAAUUCAGUGUCCCAACAUUGUGCGCUGUCGUUUGUGUCGCACGUACAUCAAUCCCUUUGUAUAUUUCGUCGACAGUAAAAUGUGGAAGUGCAAUCUUUGCUAUCGGGUCAAUGAAUUGCCCGAAGAUUUUCAAUAUGAUCCAGCAACGAAAACAUAUGGUGAUGUAAUGCGUCGUCCGGAAGUGCGUUCAAGCACUAUUGAAUUUAUUGCGCCUUCUGAGUAUAUGUUACGCCCACCGCAACCCGCCAUCUAUUUGUUCCUGUUCGAUGUUUCCAUUAUUGCCCAACAAAGCGGUUAUCUGGAGAAUAUUUGCGCCACACUGAGUAAACACUUAGACGAUAUGCCGGGUGAUGCACGCACACAAAUCGGCUUUAUUGCAUACAACAGUCACGUGCAUUUCUACAGCAUGGCUGAGGGCUAUAAUCAGCCACACGAACUCACGUUGCUCGAUAUAGAUGAUCCGUUUCUGCCGCGACCUGACAAUCUAUUGGUCAAUUUGAAGGAGUGCAAGGAAUUAGUAAAAGAUUUACUAACACAACUGCCUAAGCGUUUUGCCGACACACACGAUCCGGGUUCAGCACUCGGCUCUGCUUUGCAGGUUGCUUAUAAGCUGAUGCAAGCAUCGGGCGGUCGCGUAACUGUUUUCCAAACGUGCCUUCCUAAUAAAGGACCCGGUUCGCUGGAACCGCGUGAAGAUCCCAAUAAUCGAUCCGCCAAGGAUGUGGCUCAUCUAAAUCCAGCAACAGAUUUCUAUAAGCGCUUUGCCUUGGAAUGUUCGGGCUACCAAAUUGCAGUGGAUUUGUUUUUACUGAAUCAACAGUAUAGUGAUAUGGCAACGAUAUCGGGCAUCAGCAAAUAUAGUGGCGGCUGCGUGCAUCACUUCCCGCUCUAUCAGAAAACGAAGCCGCAAAUUGUGGACUCAGUGAGGCAAUGCUUCAAACGCUAUUUGGUGCGUAAGAUCGGCUUUGAGGCUGUGAUGCGCAUACGCUGUACGCGCGGCCUACAGGUGCACACAUUCCAUGGCAAUUUCUUCGUACGUUCAACCGACUUACUUUCAUUGCCGAACGUCAAUCCAGAUGCCGGCUAUGGCAUGCAGAUUUCGUACGAGGAGUCGUUGAGUGAAGCGAAAACGGUCUGCUUCCAAGCAGCGCUGCUGUACACGAACAGUGAGGGUGAACGUCGCAUACGUGUCCAUACAAUGUGCCUACCCGUAACCGGCUCACUGCCCGAAGUUAUGCAUGCCGCCGAUACGGAAGCCAUAAUUGGUUUGCUUUCGAAAAUGGCAGUUGAUCGGUCGCUGACGUCGAAUGUUGCCGAUGCGCGCGAGGCAUUCAUCAACGCAACUGUAGAUAUAUUUAAUGCAUUUAAAAUUGCACAAAAUCUACCCUCUGGCCAGAGUGGUCAAUUGAUUGCGCCGCGCAGUUUGGCACUGAUGCCAUUAUAUAUAUCGGCGUUACUCAAGCACCCGGCUUUCCGCGUCGGCACCAGCACCCGUCUAGAUGAUCGCGUAUAUGCGAUGGAUUGCAUGAAGACUUUGCCAUUGGAUCAGUUGAUGAAAUUCAUUUAUCCAGAAUUUUAUUUAAUCGACGCAUUGUUCUAUCCGAAUGCAAAUGCUUUAGAAGAUGAGGAGGAGGAAGAUUUACCAGACUUGCCGCGUUUGCAGCUAUCGGCUGAAUUCUUGGAUUCGCGUUCAAUAUUUUUGUUGGAUUGCGGUAAUCUAAUUAUCAUCUAUGUUGGCCUUAACGUGCCCGUCAAUGUGCUGGAAGGUGUAUUUGGUGUUAAAGCUACCGCAGAAUUGCCCGACUAUUUGUAUGGCUUGCCGAAUGUGACUAGUCCGGCCAACGACAUAUUAAAGCGAUUUAUAUUGCGUCUGAAUGAUGACAAACCGUAUCCGCCAAUGGUACAGGUUAUAAGGGAUACAAGUACGGCCAAGCCACAGUUUAUUGAGAAAUUAGUCGAUGAUCGUAGUGAAUCUAGUUUAUCGUAUUAUGAAUUUUUGCAACAUAUACGGACUCAGGUUAAAUAGUAUAUUAUAAGUGGAAAUUAAACGGAUUAAUUGAUUACCAUAUACAUACAUGCAUACAUAGAUACAAUAAUUUAAAGAAAUUAGCCACAAAUGAUGAAAAGAAGAUAACAAAUACAAAAAGCGAUUUCUUAUCUUACAUGUAAAAGCGUAAAAGCGUAUGAAUGUAAUCAAUUACUUAUAAAUAUAAAUAUAUUAUACAUAUAAACAAACAAUAAAUUCGCUAAACAAUUAACUACUUACUACCUAUUAUGUGGUUGAUUGAUAUACGAAUAAGGAAUUUACAGUUAUAAGUACGCAUAUAAUCCACAAGCAAAUACGAAAAUGAAUAAUUAAAAUUAACUUUAGAUUAUAAACGAAAAAAGAGUAAACUAACAAUAUACCUAUAUAUAUAUAUAUAUAUAUAUAAUACGUCUUUAACAACUUAGAAAGCAAGAAAUCGUACUAAAAAUGUGUAGUCUAUAAGCACGGAGAAGCGAAGAGUAAACGACGCCUUUGCAUAGCGUAAACAGCAAACAACAACAAUUGAAAUAAUAAAUAUAUUAGUUACAAACUCAAAACAACGCAGCGGAGUAGAACGCCUCGUGACUACAACGGGGUUUUUAAUAUACAUACAUACAUACAAAUAUACAGAAAUGCGAUUUCAAAAAGCGUGUUCAAAACACCGGCUUAUCGUCAGAGCAAAUUAGCUGAAAACGUGAGCGAUAUUAAACUUUGUUUGCUGCGUGCCUAAGUAGCGAAGAGAUUAAUAAUAAACAGCUGUGGUACUAUGCGAAUACAUACAUAUUUGUAACACCUUAUUUCCCGUUGUAUUGUUCAAAGUUAAAUCUAGAUAAUCUUUCUGACGAAGUUGUGUAGUGCGAGAGCGAGCGGCAGGUGGCAUAAGUCUCAUUCAUAUUGAUGAGCAGUAACGCAGCAUGUGGGGCGCAUUUGACUGAUGAUGGCAAUAUUAUAGAAACAAACGAAUGCAUAAUUAAGUAGACGAGAUAACGAUGUUAAAAUAUUGAGUAAAAAGUAAAAAGUGUGAAACAUUCUAGCCGGCUGCAUUCUAGCUAGCUGCAGUACGCGUAUUUAUAAUAGCAAUGCAAUUGUGUUAUUGUCUGUACAUAGGGAAUUAAUAAAUAAUAAAUAAUAACAAAUUAAAAACAUUUUAAUACCUAAGUAAGUUUCCAAUUCCACAUGCAUACUUCUUUUAUUUAAUUUAAUUUUUUUUUUUUUUGUAAUUUAAAAUUUUAAAACUUUCAUGCUUCGUAUUUGAUAUGAAAGCGUGUGUUUUAAUUUUUAUUUUCUUUGUUGUCACUUUUUUUUAAUAAUUUAAGUAAAUGCUUUGGUUUUAUGAAAGGUGUGGUGACUACAACGAAAGCUUCAAUGUUUUAAUUUAUUAAAAAAAAAUUAUUUGAAAUAAAUAUUAAAUGUGUUUAAUAAUCGAAAAAAUAAAUUAUAAUAUGAAGAGUAUAUAUUACGUUUGUGGUUCGAUUUGAAAUUUAUUUAGAGCGCAUACUUAUUUUUUCUUUAUAUCAAAUUUUUUUGUUUACUAAGAAUUGUAAAAAGCGAGCAAUUUACGAAAAUUGCGUUAAAUAAUGAAAUAUACGUCAUGUGGCAUGGAAAUGUGGUAGCUGAUAUAAAAAAUUUGUUUAAGCAUGAAAAUUAUAAAUUAAUAGUUAUUAUUUAGUAUGUUUGCUUAGUUGCUUAUUGAAAUUGGUUAGCAUAUAUACAAUGUAUAUACAUACAUAUCGUCACCUAAAAUGCAAAACAAUGUAUCUUCAAAAAAAUCGAAAUUCAGUUUUUUAUUGCUUACUAUUUAUUACAUCAUAUUACAUAUGUAUGUGUAACAUUAAAUUUUCAGCUUCGGUUGUCAGAUAUAACCAUUUUAUAACCAAAACUCAAAUUUUGUUUCAAUAUUAGUAAUUUAGGUGAUGAUAUGUACAUUAGGGUUAUUUACAAAGUUGAUUUUUUUUUACAAACGGCCACUGCAGUUUCUGUUUGUGCCCUAAAGAAUUGUUCCAAUGUAAGCAAGCUAUUAUUUUAAAAUGUAAACAAUACUUAAUUCAUAUUUCUUUUCGCAUAUAUAAAAAAAAGGAUUUUUUUACGUUUUGCAUUAAACAAGUGAUAUGAUAUUCCAUUAAAAAAUUCGUUCUAUAAAAAAGUUAUCAUUUUUUUUUCAUAUAACACUCUUAAAAGUCGUACAGUUAAAAUUGUAUAUGAAGUGUUUUGAGAAUUCAUACAAGUGAUUUGCACAUUUUGUGUUGCUCAUACGACAUGGUGUACUAUAUGAAUUGAUAAUAUUUGAUACAUAACUUUAACUGUGUAUAGCUUUUAAAGACAUAUUUUUAGGUAAAAAAUUAUUAAGACCCUUUUUAUGCAGUGGAAAUAUUGAGUAUAAUUCUUUUAUAUUUAUUAGUUGAAAAUAUAUUGAAAAACAAAAAAUUCCAUGUAAAAUGUAUGGAAAAAGUAAAGUUAUUUAGGCACGUUUUAAAUUGAAAAUAAAUAACUGUUAGCAAUGGUUAAUUUUUUAAGACAAAAACUGAAACUUAAGGAG